AUGCCGGGUACCCGGGCUCUGGGCGAGUCGACACCUGCAGCGCAAGUACCGCAGGAAGUACCUAGGUACCUGGUUGGGCACUGCAAGCCACACCAGACGCCAAGCAAUUUCAACACCGCCAUCGUACCUUCCCACCGGAGAUGCACGGCACCUGGGCAGCAACCGCAGCGCCAUAACGCGGCAGCAACGGCAUUCGGCGCAACGAAAAGCCGUAGGUACGCAGCAGAGGACGAGGAGGCCGCCCACAGCGCCAGGGUCUGCUGGGCCUUGCACCAGGACCUCCACCACCACCUCCACAGGGCUUGCGAGCCGACGAGUGCUGUGCUGCGCUGCUCACUGUCCUGA